AUGAGGUUAGCAGAAGAGAGGUUUUACAAUGGUUCCCAUUCAUGUGACUCAAAAGGACUGCCGGAUGUGGUAUCACAGUUGUUUCCGACGAAAAUGAAGUCAGAGUUCAAAUUUCUUGUGUUGGCUCCAGUGGACAGCGACCCCUAUGGGUUAAAUAUUUUGUCAGUGAAUGGCUGCGGGUCAAAGAAUAUGUCAUAUAACAGUUCAAGUUUUAUGACUCCGGUCAUAAAUUGGCUGAGGAUCGGGCCUAGUGAUCCGGAUAGAUAUAAGAUUCCCAUGCAAUGUGGAUUACCAAUGACCGAGAAGGAUAUUAAUACUUGGAGGAACUUGCUAGAGGAAGAUUUUUUGAAGAAGAAUCAGGGUGAAUGUAUUUCAACCCAAAUUGAUGAUGAUAUUAGGCUGCUGCAUUCCCUUUCAGGCGCCAAGGAGCCGAAUCCUAAAACAGUUUCUUUAGCUGAUGUUUUCAAUUUCAACUGUAAGUUCACUGAUAAAAUAAGAAGAAUCAAGAUCCCUCUCCCUCCUGUAUAUGAGAAGAAGAAGAAGGUUACUGAAGAUGUGACAGACGGGAAAGACUUCAUUUGCAUGAGUGCCAGAACUUUAGAAGAAUCAUCUGAGUCCGAAUCUAAAAGUUUUGAUGCUUUUAUGAAGAAUCUUGACACAGAACCCCACAGAACAAGAUCGGCAAGAAGCAUAGCCUUUCACUCACCUAGUGACCAUGGCCCAUAUAGGGUGAACCAUCCUGUUGCGGCCUAA